GCUGUCAGGCUCUGUGCGCCGUACGCUUUCUGUCGGUGAGACACACACUGAGUGAUGCGCGACCAGCCAGCACCAUCCCUCACAAAUCUCAGCAGGAGGUGACUUGAUCCAGCGUAUGACAUUCACCAGGUCAUCGCCUGGAGCAAACAGUAGAGCUGCUCUGCCUACCUACAGAUAUCAAAUCAAACCAGUAACAAUGCAUGGCCUGUAAGCCGCCAAUCAUGGCUCAUAGGAAGAGGCCUGGGACCAGCGGAGGAAACAGUAUGGCUGCUCCAGGCCCCGCCUCCUGUCCCACCCCUCAUCCUACAGAGUCAUGUGAUCUGAAAGCACUCCCUGCUCGGCAACGCCCAGUCCGCUACCCCAAAGAGUCACAUGAUCCGAAACCCCUCCCCCGUUCCUGUAAGGCACAGUAUUCAUCUCCCAAGACUCAAGAUGUGAGUUGCAAACCUCCAGAGGUGGAUGUAGAUCCAGAGGUUGAAGUGAAACAGUACAGCAACCAAUCAGAUGCAGACCUGGAGGACCAGCGGCCAGCCACACCCUCCACGCCAGAACACGAACAUGACCAAGAUGACCAUGAUCGGGCAGACUUCCGUGGUGGAGCUGACAGCCUGGAUGAUGACUCCAGCUCUGACUACAUUAACAACACCUCAGAUGACGAGGAAGACUAUGAUGAUGGGCUGGCAGAGGAGGAUGAAGGUGUUACUUAUUACAUCCGCUACUGCCCAGAGGACGACAGCUACCUGGAAGGUAUGGAUUGCAGUAGCCAGGGAGACUGCAACCACAGCCACAGCCACAGCCAGGGGGAUUGCGCCGGCACCAUGCAGCCGGGCGGAGCCCACACUGAUGAAUGCCAGGAGGCCGUGGAAGGGUGGGUCGAGGAGGGGGAGGUUGAGGGGGAGGUGAGAGAGGAGGAAUGGGUGGAAGACGAGGAUGAAGGAGACGGGGAGGUUCGCUGCGAGGUGGUUGAGCAAGACCCGGACGAACAGAUAUACAAUGGGAGGCCAGAACCCAUCUUGGACCAUCAACAUCACCAUCAUCUCCACCACCAACCCUCCAUGCAAGACACCCUGCACACCCGAGAGGAAGAGGAGGAGGCAGAGAGCGACGAGUACUGCCCUAAUGAGGAAGAAGAUGAGGAAGGUGAAGAGGAGGACAGACAUGGAAGGGCCUACACUGGAGACUACUAUGCCCCAGAGGACAAUGGGAAUUCAGUGCGAGUCUCUCCUUAUCGUAGCCGUAAGGUGCUAGUGGUAGAAGGGGAGACAGGGGAGGAGGCGGAGGAGGACAUUGACCAAAUUGUUGCAGAGAUCAAGAUGAGUAUGAGCAUGGGGAGUCUAAGCAGUGGCACUGACCAAAGCCCAGAGGAGCUGGUGCAGGAUCCUGCACCAAGUGACUACCCUCACCCCAAGCCUGACACAGCCCCCUACCCACCAGCUCAUCAUCGCCACGACAGCAGGCCCAAGUCCCUGAACCUGCCCUCCAUGCACCACAAUAACCCUGACCUCCAGAGGGGCAUCAAGGCACAUGCACGUUCCCCUGAAGACAGGCAGAGAUGGACACAGGAGCAGGUGAGCAAUGGUGCAGAGCAACCCAGAAAACAGCAGCGCUCCGACCUGAACGUUCCCCUGGAGAACAACAAUGUACCAGAGCCAACAAAGAAGGUUGCAUCGUUCCCCAGCUUUGUCGAUGUCCCAGGACCCUGCGAACCAGAAGACCUGAUUGAUGGAAUCAUCUUUGCAGCUAACUACCUGGGCUCCACUCAGCUGCUGUCUGAGAGGAACCCCUCCAAGAACAUACGAAUGAUGCAGGCCCAGGAGGCUGUCAGCAGGGUCAAGAGGGUACAGAAGGCUGCCAAAAUCAAGAAAAAGGCGAGCGCCGACGGAGAUGCUCAAACCCUCACUGAGGUUGAUCUGUUCAUCUCCACCCAGAGGAUCAAAGUCCUCAACGCAGACUCACAGGAGACGAUGAUGGACAACGCGCUCCGCACUAUAUCCUACAUUGCCGAUAUUGGGAACAUUGUGGUCCUGAUGGCGAGACGCCGAAUGCCACGCACAGCCUCACAGGACUGUAUUGAAACUACGCCCGGGGCACCCGAAGCAAAGAAGCAGUACAAGAUGAUAUGCCAUGUCUUUGAGUCUGAAGACGCCCAGCUUAUCGCUCAGUCCAUCGGCCAGGCGUUCAGCGUAGCUUACCAGGAGUUCCUGAGAGCUAACGGCAUUAAUCCAGAGGACCUGAGCCAGAAGGAGUACAGUGACAUCAUCAACACCCAGGAGAUGUACAAUGAUGACCUCAUUCACUUCUCCAACUCUGAAAACUGCAAAGAGCUGCAGCUGGAGAAGAGUAAAGGGGAGAUCCUGGGUGUGGUGAUUGUGGAGUCUGGCUGGGGCUCCAUUCUGCCCACAGUUAUAUUAGCCAACAUGAUGAACGGCGGGCCAGCAGCUCGCUCUGGCAAGCUCAGCAUCGGAGACCAGAUCAUGUCCAUCAACAACACCAGCCUAGUGGGGCUGCCACUCGCCACCUGUCAGGGAAUUAUUAAGGGCUUGAAGAACCAGGUUCAGGUGAAAAUGAACAUUGUUAGUUGCCCUCCUGUUACCACUGUACUCAUUAAGAGACCAGACCUAAAGUAUCAGCUGGGCUUCAGUGUCCAGAACGGCAUUAUAUGCAGUCUGAUGCGAGGAGGCAUUGCUGAGCGAGGUGGGGUCCGUGUGGGUCACAGGAUCAUAGAGAUCAAUGGGCAGAGUGUGGUGGCCACAGCACACGAGAAGAUUGUCCAGGCCCUGUCGAACUCUGUUGGAGAGAUUCACAUGAAGACCAUGCCGGCAGCCAUGUUCAGACUUCUAACAGGACAGGAAACUCCUAUGUACAUAUAAACAAUGGCCAGGGAC